GGCGCGAGGAUCCCCGGAGCCUGCCUCGGCGCGCCGGGGGGUGGGGGGGGGGCCGCUUCACCCUCCGGUGAGGCCUCAUGGAGGCCGUGGGGCCCCAGAGCUGCGGAGGAGUAGUCGCUGUGCCUGGGGCCGAGGGUUGGCCGGCGCCAGUGGAGAGGGUGCACUUUCGUGUAACGAGGUUCAUCAUGGAGGCAGGCAUCAAGCUCGGGAUGCACUCCAUUCCCAUUGCCACUGCAUGCACCAUUUACCAUAAAUUCUUCUGCGAGAUCAACCUGGAUGCCUAUGAGUACUUUAACCCGGGCAGUGAGCCCCUGGAGCUGGACUCGCGCUUCUGGGAGCUACGGGACAGCAUUGUGCAAUGUGAGCUGCUUGUGCUGCGAGUUCUGCGCUUCCAGGUAUCUUUCCAGCACCCUCACAAGUACCUGCUCCACUACCUGGUUUCCCUCAAGAACUGGCUGAACCGUUACAGCUGGCAGCGGACUCCCGUCUCUGUCACAGCCUGGGCCCUGCUGCGGGACAGCUACCAUGGCGGGCUGUGUCUCCGCUUCCAGGCGCAGCACCUGGCUGUGGCCGUGCUCUACCUGGCCCUGCAGGUCUACGGCGUUGAGGUGCCUGCUGAGGCUGAGGCUGAGAAGCCGUGGUGGCAGGUGUUUAGUGACGACCUUACCAAGCCAGUCAUUGAUAAUAUUGUAUCUGAUCUCAUUCAGAUUUAUUCCAUGGACACAGAGAUCCCCUAAGGCUCUGGCCUAGGCCUUUCCAAAGAGAAGCCCAGGAUGGCCGGCUGCCUGGGGAUGGUGCAACCACAUUGCUGUGACGGCUGGUCCCCAG